AUCGCAAUGAACGCUAUUGCCGUUUGCUGGCGAAGGGACAGCCUCACUUUUCAUUUCAAUCUCCUUCUGGUCAUCACCGGCUGUCUAAACAUGUACUGAGCACCCCUUCGAAUCCAUCGCGUCGACGCGUCAGUCAAGAUGAAUUACAACCACCUGACGGUGGCAGGUCUCCGGGAAGAGCUGUCAAAUCGUGGUCUCUCAAAUAAAGAUAUCAAGCUUAAGAAGCACUUGGUAGCUCGCCUCCAGCAAGAUGACAUCGACAACGCCAACGCGGGCAACGCUGACUCGUCUUCCAAGACGGAGCCUGUCGUCGAUUCUUCAGCGGCCACACUCCAGGCCGAAUCUUCAGUAUACGGCUCUGACGACUUCUUCGAUGAACUUGACGCCGAUGCACUGAUCAGUGCGAGUCAACAAUCUCAGUCCACUUCUUUUAAACCCGAGUCAUCCUUUGCCAUCCCGCCGACACCAAUAUUGAAGCGUCCUCUGCCGGAAGACGACGAGGAAGAUUUCUCUGGAGAUGACGUGCUCAACGAUCCUAGCAUCGAAGAGAUAUGGACCUCGUCACAAAAGGCACGACGUGACGCCGACCAGCCUCCAACUGACAAGCCUGAACACAUCGCUCUGGUGCGGAGUCUACUUCGUGAGAAAUUCGGCUACCCUGGCUUUCGCGGUGAGCAAGAGAAGGCUAUACUGUCAAUUAUGAGAAGCGAGAAUUCGCUCGCUAUCUUUCCCACCGGAGCCGGCAAAUCGCUCUGCUAUCAGAUUCCAGCCAUUGCGUUUCCGCUCAUGGACAAGCUGAGCGGGAACGAACGCCCACAUGGAGCCGGUAUUACCAUUGUGGUCUCACCUCUAAUUGCCCUCAUGAAAGACCAGACUGAUGCCUUGAAGAGGAGAGGCAUCGCUGCUGAUUGCUCGGACUCAACCAAGACGUACGAGCAACAUCAACGAAUACAUGCCGAUAUUCAUGCUGGCCGCCUUCGUCUGCUAUAUGUGUCUCCCGAAAAGUUGAGCAAUGAGGCCUUCGUUGCAAGUAUGAAACACGUCCCUGGAGGCGUUCGUCUUGUCGCAGUUGACGAAGCUCAUUGUAUAUCUGAAUGGGGCCAUUCUUUCAGACCGUCCUUCUUGCUCGUAAGUCGCUUCGUCGCCGAAGUGAAAGCGGAGAGAGUGAUCUGCCUGACAGCGACCGCCACCCCAAAGGUUGCUGAAGAUGUGCGAGCAGCGUUCGGAAUUCUGGAGCGCAAUGAGUUCCGUACAAGCCCAUAUCGCUCGAACCUUAGACUGGAGUCGGUUGCCACGGAAUCGCAGGAAGCAAAACUUCCACUAUUGUUCAAGUGGCUUAGGGAGCACCCCGGCAGUGCCAUAGUCUACGUCACUCUUCAGCAACAAGCAGAAGAGCUAUGCAAGACGCUACGCAAACAUUCAUUCAAUGCUGCUUUCUACCAUGCUGGUAUGAAAGUCGAAGAAAAGGCGGCUGUUCAGGACAGUUUUAUGGCCGACGAAAUUCGCAUCGUUGUCGCAACGAUUGCUUUCGGGAUGGGCAUCGAUAAGUCAGAUAUCAGAGGUGUAGUCCAUCUUGACCUGGCUUCUACAGUAGAAGAAUACAGUCAACAGAUUGGCCGUGCAGGUAGAGAUGGAGAACCGGCCUACUGCAUCUUGUUCGUCAGCCAUUCGGACAUUUACUUGAGGCAGAACUUUGCGCUCGGCGACCUUCCAUCUCGCAAUUCACUACUGCAGUUUCUCAAAGAUGUCUUCGGGCGGGACCGCAUACCGGACACGGAGGGUGAGGUUAUUAAGCUGGCACAUCGCGAACUAUCCACUCUCUAUGACAUCCGUCUCAGCCCGCUCGGUGUCACGUUUGCUGCGCUGGAACUCAGAUUCGGCCUCUUACGCGCCAUAACACCAGAGUACACCAGUUAUCAGUUCGAAGACAAAGGCCGGUAUCACACAACAGCAUCUAGUGACCACUCUCCAGAAGCUAGGGCAAUAUACUCUAUGUCGACCAAAGCCGUCAAGAACUUCACCUUCGACAUGAAUGCGGCUACCAGAACUGGUCUCAUACGUGCUGAUCUCGUUAGAAAACUGGACAGUUGGAAUGCCUCGGGAGUCAUCAUGUUGAAGACGUCUGGGGUCUUAAAUCGCUAUCGAAUUUUGAAUCCCUUGCCUACAGCCGACGAGGAUGUGCAAACUUUAGCUGAUGAUCUCCACGCAGAUAUGGCCCAGCGUGAGCAGGACGCUCUCGGUCGCAUAGACCAGAUGAUCGGUCUCGUCACAGGUGAAGGAUGCUUUGCAUUUGGCCUUGCUCAGCACUUUGGCAUGGGCCUUCCAGACAACAAGCAGUCUUGUGGACAUUGCACUUACUGCGCGUGGGGAGAGUCUCCAAGUUUGCCAGCAAAGCCGGCUCCGCCGCUGAACGUUGACGGAAUCCGAAAAAUUCUUGCUAUUUGUCCUCAUGACGACCCUAGGCUUCUAGCACGCGUCGCGUUCGGCAUCAAAAGUCCAAGAAUUACACAGUUGAAGCUGGACAAGAGCCCGGUGUUCGAAUCGCUGGCAGAUCAUGAGUUUAGCACUUUGCUCCGUGAAUUCCAGGCAGCUCGUAGAUCAGCUGUUCAUGGUCCACUGGAUGUAACUCCAACUCCCAUCAAAGCCAAAACUCCUGUGGAAGCCAAGAGCUCUUCUAGGACGUCGUGGAGUGUAGGUCGCACAGGCCAAACUGGCAGUAGCAGAGGCCGUGGAGGCGGUAACAGCUAUAGCCGUGGAAGCACAAGCGGCUAUGGCAGAAGCCCCGGUGGUGGAUACAAGAGAGGUGGUGGCUAUGGAGGAGGUACCUACAAAAGAGGACGUUCGUCUUACCACUGAAACUCCAGCAGACAAUUGGCAGUUGGGCAAGGGUGACAUAUUACACAGAGGGCUGUUCACACACGGAAACGAUUAAUGAGAAACUCAAUAAUGACAACACGAUACAACGGCAUCAUCUAACCACACUGCU